AACCGACGAGUAAAGACGUCAAAUCGGGAGCACUAAUGAAAUUCUUCCUGCCGAUAUCGGUUCGAACGGUUGCUUCCAGCUCAGUACACAUGCUGAUACAAUAGAGCUUGUGUAUGGUGGAUUUCAUCGUAUGAAAGAGUUGCAAAAGUGUGUUCCUGCUACCAUCAAGAGAGAAAGAGUGUAUUGAAUCAAGAAUAAUAAGGAGAAAACAAGAAGUUUGGAGUGUAUGUACAGCAAUAAUACGACUGGCGAAAGACUCGAAGCUCUCGAAUGCAUGAUAAUAAAGUGAAGAAAAAUAUAUAAAUAUACAUACAGAAGAAGCGUCGAAUAAGAGUGAUCAAAAAAGUCAUUUAUAUACGAUGAAGAAGAACUAAACAAAACACACUGAAAUAACAACGAUAUAUUUCUCAUUUACAAAGUCCCCAGUGAUGUUGAAAAAAUAAAAAGAAGAAAAAUUUGAGUAAAAGAAUGCAGGAAAUCUGAUACGAAGAAUAAGUAAUGCCAAGAUCCUGAUUUGAACCUAAGUUGUGUGAAUGCGUUUCGGUGCAGUUGGUUUAAACGGUGAAGGAUUUGUGUGCAAUCGUUAACUUGCAACUCGUGUCAAACAAAAUGAGUCGAAAGUAGUAAAGUGGAAAAUACAAUUCACAGUUUCCAUCGCAUAAAACACCAUAAACGAAAAUAUGAUGAUGGAGGAAGUGAAUUUUAUGCUGACUGAAAUCCCCGGCGCAUUUAUAUCUCACCGACCGCAUGCAAUACACCGUUUCGCACCUUAUCCGUUACACCAACCUCAUCUACAGCCCGCACCAAUCUACAUUCAUCCACAGCCAAGGGUGGUAAGCCGGCCAAAAACGCCUCCCACACCACCGGCACCGGAAGGAACUCACAUUAGACAUUUGUAUCCGGAGAUUCUAGCCAUCAUAUUUGAAAAGCUCAGUGUAAAGGACCGUGGAAGAGCGGCACAAGUGUGUACAACGUGGCGCGAUGUUGCUUACUCAAAGAGUUGUUGGAGGGGUGAGGAAGCUAGCCUUCACCUACGGCGACCGUCACCUAGUUUAUUCACAUCGCUAGUGAAGCGUGGCAUUAAAAAGGUGCAAGUGCUCUCGGUGAAACGACCAGCUCAUAUAAGAGAUGUUGUUAUUGGUGUACCAAACCUAGAAUCGUUAAAUCUUAGUGGAUGCUAUAACAUUGUCGAUAUUGCACUAGGCUAUGCAUUUUCAACAGACUUAUUGAAUCUACGGACGCUAGAUUUAUCGCUGUGUAAACAAGUUACCGAUUCCAGUCUUGGGCGUAUUGCGCAACACCUAAAGAACGUGGAAAUACUUGAACUAGGCGGCUGCAGUAAUAUUACUAACACUGGCUUACUGUUGAUUGCGUGGGGCUUGAAGAAACUGAAACGACUGAACCUCCGAUCGUGCUGGCAUCUUACCGAUCAAGGUAUUGGUCAUCUGGCUGGUCUGAGCAAGGAAACUGCUGAUGGUACACCAGUUUUAGAACAUUUAGGCCUGCAGGACUGCCAAAGGCUUUCGGAUGAAGCACUCCGUCAUAUAGCGCAAGGGUUGGCAUCAUUGAAGAGCAUCAAUCUCAGCUUCUGCGUGUCCGUCACCGAUAGUGGUUUGAAACAUCUAGCAAAAAUGACCAAAUUGGAGGAGUUAAAUCUGCGAGCAUGUGAUAAUAUUUCUGACAUUGGAAUGGCGUAUCUGACCGAAGGUGGCAGUGCUAUAAUUUCAUUGGAUGUUAGUUUUUGUGAUAAAAUUGCAGAUCAGGCACUGACGCACAUUUCUCAAGGAUUGUUCCAUCUGAGGUCACUGAGUCUUAGCGCAUGUCAGAUAACCGACGAAGGGUUAGCAAAAAUAGCCAAAUCACUUCACGAUCUGGAAACGUUAAACAUUGGCCAGUGCGCUCGUGUAACAGACAAAGGAUUGGAGGCUCUUGCGGAGGAGCUAAUCAAUUUACGUGCCAUCGAUCUAUACGGCUGCACUCGAUUGACGCCGUUUGGAUUAAAUAACAUUUACAAACUACCGAGACUGUCUAAAGUUAAUUUAGGAUUAUGGCAUGUCAGGUGAUGUGUUAGUUUAUUAUGAAAUGAUUGUUAAAUUUUAGUUUUCUUUUAUUAUUAAACUUGUAACUAGACAUGCGAUAGUAUUCUCUGUUACAGGGAUUUUAGGUGUAAAUUGUAGGAAAAAAUUGUCUCAAAAUCCAUGAUUUAGCAAA